AUGGAAGGUUCAAAACGUUGUUUUUCUAAUAAAACAGACAGAAUAAUUUCGCAUUUCAAAAAAUGUGUACAUUUUAUUGCGGAAACAACUGCCAAAAAAAGAGAAGAAAUUUUUAAACUAGUUAAUGUUCCUAAAG